UUUAUUACAUACCUCGCGCGCCACUGUGCUGCUGUGCUGUUGCUGCUGCUGCACACACUACUGAUCGUCCGAGCGUUCGUUCAGGAACACGCGUGGCUGCUACGCGCUACUGCUGCUGCGAGGCCGUUUAGUAAUAUGUGCAAUGUGUGCAUUAAAAAGUGAAGUACACGGAGUAGCCAAUAUUCUGUAUAUCGUUUUGUUUUGUAAAUGUAAUAUAGUGACCCAGCCGCGAUUCAAAGUUUUUGAGCAGUGCAGAGUGUAAAUAAAGCAGUGGCAAAGCAGCGCAAUCAAUCGAGAAAUCUCGAAAAAAUAAAGUGGCACACACAAGAAAGAAAAGGCAUACGUGUAUACGUACAUGAAAGGGAGAGAAAAAAAUGAAGCGCGAGUUCGUCAAGGUCAGCACGGUACAGGUUUGAAUCCUCCCUCAUCAUCAUAAUCGUCAGUGUGUGUGUGUCAGUGCCAGCAGCAGCGCCUUUUGAAAGAUGCACAUUGAUAUUAUGCUCGUGCAGAGACGUCGGUUCGUACUACUGCGAGCAGCUACAGCUACCUGUCUGCACACCAAGUGACCUUGACUUUUUCUCUUAUACUUAUAUACUCUCGCCGCGCCGCCGGAUGUGCUCGCACAGUUCGCAAGAAGAAGCACACGAACCCCCGCCCCGUUGUCAUCUCUCGUUGGUGGAGAUAAUAAGGAAACGUGUUGAGUCGUGCCAAGUGUCGUGAUUGGUGUGCCUAUAUACGUGACGAUGUCAUGAUCUUGAUUUUUAACGUCGAAAUGGAACCGUACGCGAUCGUUGCGUCGUGUGCCGUGAAUUUACGAAUUUGUGCAGUUUUUCCCAGAAAAUGAGUGCCGAAGAAUAAGAUUCGAUGUUUCUAAGUGUGCCCGUGUGUUGCAGUGCAGUGGUGUCUUCGGGAUGAAAAAUGGAUUUUACGCUUCUAGCGCUCGUUGCGAACGAGCUGCAGCUGUCUUGACGUAUCGAUACUGAAAAUCGCUCGAAAAGAGCCCGCCACCACCGCCGCCGUGAUGCAUUCGUGACCUUGAAUCGCUCUCACCACUCGAGACGGGUACGACGACGAUGAUGCUCUUGAGCGGCCGCCACGACACUUCCUGAAAACACUCGUGUCAUAAUCAUGAGCUCGUUGAAGAGGCAAUCGUACAGGGAGGGCGGCAUCUCGACGCCGUCGAGUCAGGCUGCGGCUCGCCGCUACGCCUCCCCGGGCGGCGGACCGAGCACCAAGUCGCUGCGCAGUUUCAUGCACGGCAAUCAGAGCUCGCCCAUCAGGCUCAGGUCCAAGUACGAGCUACGCAGCAUCAGCUUCGAGGGCAGCAAGGUGCUGCCCUGGACUCUCAGAACGUCCACGGACACCGUCUCGAGGCGGGGCGUACUGUCGAGAAGAUGCUACGGAAGCGUCGAAAUGAAAAUGUUUCAUGCGAUGCAAAUGCAGCUGCCGCAAAUCGAGCAAGACGGCGUGGACGGCCGACGCUUCCGCGUGGAAAACGGCGACUCGCCCGGCGAAAAAGAAGAGAUGUUUGGAUCCCCGAGCACGCCAGUCCUGGAAAAUCCCGAGUACCAGACGCGCUGGUACUUCAAAUACUUCCUCGGAAAGCUUCACCAGAACUACGUGGCGGCCGACCAGGAGCGCAAUCCUCUCUUUCUGUCGGUGGUAAUAAGCGAGGGCGGCGAUCAAUGCGUGCCGCAUUAUCGCGUCAUACUGUGGCGUCGUACGGGCGCUCAGAAGAUAUCUCUGCCGUACUCGUCCAACAGGUCGAUGACCGUCCGGCAGAUACUCAGCAACUACUUUGGCAUUGAGAAGCUCGACAAAGCUCCGCGAGAAGUAAUUUCGCCGGAAAUUCAAAAGGAUUUAUUGCUGCUGGAGGAGCAGGAGGGCUCGGUGAAUUUCAAAUUCGGCGUGAUUUACGCCAAGGAGGGACAAACGUCCGACGACGAGAUGCUAUCCAACGAAACAGGGAGUCCGGCUUUCGAGCGAUUUCUAGAAGUGCUCGGUCAGAAGAUACGACUGAAAGGCUGGGACAAAUAUCGCGGCGGUCUGGAUGUCAAAGGCGACAUGACGGGCAAGGAAAGCAUCUACACGGUGUACGCCGGCCACGAGGUCAUGUAUCACGUGUCGACGCUGCUGCCCCACUCGAAGGACAAUCCCCAGCAGCUGGAGCGCAAGCGACACAUCGGCAACGACAUCGUCAACAUCAUCUACACGGACGACCCGAGCCUCCUCGACACGUUCAAUCCCAACUGCAUACGCAGCCAAUUCACACACGUAUUCGCCCUCGUGACGAGGGAAGCCCAGCCGCAGCAGCAAAGUAAGCAAAGUGAAGAGGGAGACAGCGAAACGACGACGACGACGACGAUAACGACUACGGCGGAUGAGGACCAGGAGGAGGUGGGCUAUCGCAUCGCCAUCUACUGCGACGAGAACGUACCCCUGUUCGGCCCGGGUCUGCCCUGUCCGCCCUGCUUCGAGGACGCCGCGAAUCUGCGCGAAUUUCUCCUGGUCAAGCUGAUCAACGGCGAGAAGGCCACCUUCGACACGCCCACGUUCUCGCGCAAACGCGAGCGUACCCUGGACAUGCUGCUCAGAGACAUGUACCAGGAGCACACGCAGGACGGCAAGAGCAACAGCAUGCUGAAUCGUCGAGCUCUGUCGGACGUGGUGGAGACGCCGGGUCGACGUCGCGAGGAAACCCGCGCCGUCGAGAUGGUGCGAGUCGGUCAGGCUCUCAAACUCGAGGCGAUCGUGCACGGACUCGCGCCGACCUCGCUCGCCACGGUGGGCCCGCUUAAACCACGGCCCUGGGAGCCGCGCUGCAUCUAUCCGGACUUUCCGCACGAGGUGCUGUGCGGCGACGUCUGGACCGAGGGCCGACUCAUACUGGCCAGCGAGUACGGCACCUAUCUCGUGGAGGACGUGUCGCAUCGCAUGCUCUUCGACAAGAGCGUGCAGAUGAAGCAGUUGGACGUGGUGGAGCAGCACGGCAUUCUACUGUUUCGGGCCGGCGAUCGCGGCAAGGACUGCCACGUGCACGUCUACCGGCUGAGCGAGCUCGAGUCCGAGGCUGGGGGCAGCGCCUCGUCGACGGCCUCCACGAGCCUCGACAAUCAGAGCAUCGAGCAGGACGACGAGCAGCAACAGCAACAAAAUACGACCACGAACGUCGUGGACGCUGCCGAGGCGGACGACGACACGGACUGCUGCUCGGCCGCGAGCAGUUACGCGCGCCAACGACGUCUGAGCGUACGCACGCGGGCGAUGACGAAGCUUCGCCGUCUCGACCGCACCAAGGGAUGCCAUCUGUACUGUCUGACGCGACCAGGCGGCUCGCAUCUGCGUAUGUGCGUGGCGGUUGGCCGUCGCCUGACCGUCCUCCAGUGGAAGCACAACGCCGCCUGGACGCAGUGGUGCGCCGCCGCCGACACCGACACCGUCGACGGCUUCCUCCAGCUCAAGGAGCUGCAGGCCUCGGAGCCACCCAGCAUCAUGACGAUCGUCGACUGUCAGGAGCCAGGGCGUGAGUGGAUGGUCUGCUGCGGCCUCAAGCAUCACUACGAGCUGCUCUACGUCGAUGGCACCUCGAGGAGCGUACAUCUCGAGGCCAGCGUAAAGCCGCAUCUGGUCGCGGCGUUGGAUCUCUGCGAGGACGAGGAACCCGAGCUGCUGCUCUGCUACAACAAUACGUGUCACUUUCAAAAGCUGUGCGACGAGAACUCGGCGCCGACGGAAUUCGACUUCAAUUGGAAUUCCGUUCCUAUCGCAGUUGCCUGCGCGUUCCCCUACGUGAUAGCAUUCACCGCGGACACGAUGGAGAUACGCCUGAUAAUCAACGGCAAUCUCGUGCACACGAUCGCGAUGCCGAAUCUCAGCCUGAUCACCUCCAAGCAGGACAUAUUCUUCGCCUCGACGGCGCCGGAAUUCUUCUCCGUCAAACUCGACAAGGAGCAACUGGAUCACAGCAGUCGAAGCCACAGCCCACCCUCGUCCCAGUCCAGUGUGCAGAGCGACAGUCGACCGAUGCGCAUCUACCGCAUCCCCCUGCAGACGCUGUCACGCACGAGCAACGUGAGCAACUGCGGCGCCGGCGGACAGCGACGCUGCGCCAGCCCGGCCGAGCCCGAGCUCGUCGCGGCCCUCCAGCAGCAACCCAACAACAGCGGCUGCAACGCGCCCCAACUGCUGGACACGAGCGGCAAUUUUCUGAUAGCCGAGCAGCCCCAGCAUCGUCUUCUCAGUCGGUCGUGCAGCAGUAGUCCCACUCCCAGUCACGGAGCCUCCUGCUCGAGCUCGUCCAGCAAAUGAAGAUAAAAACAAAAAAAUACAAAACCCCAAACUCCCAUCUCCCCUACCCAGACUACGUUAUUUUCGUUGUUGCAACGGGGCUGGCCCUACUGCAGCUCGCACUCUAUCACUCUCUCAACUCGACUCGAGUGUAAUCCUCGGAAAAUGUAACGUACGUUAUUUUUUUUAUCGGUGUCCCGAAUGCGAGAUGAAACGAAUGAAUUGUGGAACGUAACUCGUUGAUUGUUUCUCAUUGUUGUAUAAUAAAAAAAAUAAACUGCGAAUGCUGUGCAUGCCAUGCAUCUCUUGUAUAGUAUUAUUAUCAUAAUAAAAUAUAUAUUAUAUUCUACCGAUGAUAAAAGACAACAAAAAAAUUACCAAAAAAUAAUGUAUACUUGUGUUGGUUCGUGUGUGUGUUUACGCGAAGCCUAUGCGCGCGCCUUGGGACGAUGAUAAUAAUGAAGAAUAAGAUAAAAAAAAAUAAUAAUAAAAAUGACGAGAAAGUGUGUGACGGCCUUAGUGCUUAAACAUGUAUAUUUUUCGUUGUCUUUACAACAGUCACAUUACUUCGUAAUAUGCAUAUGAACUACUACUCCAGCCGUGUCUUGACAAAAGAAAAUAAUCACUAAUUUUAAUUCGCGCGAGUAUAAAGACAUUCACGGCUUUUCGUUCAUUUUUUAUAUAUAUGUGUACAUAAUGAAAAUAGAAACACAGAAAAUUGUAUUAAUUAUUAGUUAGCCAACCGAAAAAAAGAAAAAAAAACAUCAGUAUUGAAUUCUGUCGAACUGUGCACCAAAUGAAUGUAUAUAAGCGCAAUAUCAUACUUUCGAUAUGAAUUCUCAUCUUCGUCUGAUUAUCCGCAAUAAUGGUGUAAACUUAUUUUUUGUUGUGCAUUGUUAUAUGUGCUCUGAAAAUAUGCAACAAUUUCAAUAUUGAUCAAACGAAAAAAGAAUCGUAAGUGCCAAAAGAAAAAAUAUAAAUUAUAAUCGAUACCACGAAAGAGAAUCAAAUAUGAAAAAUUAUGUAGCUGGGUAUAAUCGUGAUAACCUCAUUCGAUCCUACAAAAAAAAUACUUUACUUUCGACUGCUUAUCCUAAAAAUCGAUGUAACCCUAAUUGUACAUAAGUCAAGUUUUUGGUGUGAAUUGUGCUAAAUUCGUUUCUCAGAUAAUAUACAAGUGAUCGAUACAAUUUUAGAAUAUAGUUACGUAUAAUUACAAAGUAUUACAAUUAGUAUAAUUAUGACUUAAGUGCUUGCUCGUAAAAAUUUUCUCGUAGCGUAGCUCUCAAUCGUUCAUUUCUUUUUUCUAUUUUCGAACUCUAACGGUGAGUGCGAGUAACCCUAGAAAAAGUUCACACAAAUAGUAAAAGUAAUUUGCAUAAAAAUUCGAUUUUUUUCUCUUUUGCAUUUGUGUGUUAAUCCUUUCGAUUUGGCUCGUGACAUGAAUUUUUUUUCUUCAGGUAUCCAGAUCUUACAUUGAUACAUAUUUAUGAUUGAAAAGGAAAAAAAUUUGAAUUCAAAGAAAAAUUGAAAUUUCACAACAAAAAAGAAGUGUAUCUAUACUGUAGAAAGGCGAAUACUUUUACGAAGCAAAAAAAAACAAAAGGCGUGAAAUAUUUUCAAGUACAAAACUCUUAAUUGCAAAACAAAUUACAUUAAAAUAUACGACAUAAUCCGUACACAUAGAAUGUAAAGAUUCAGCAGAAAGUGAAUUUUAUCCUGAUUUUACGAAGUGCCGAGUGGCAUUCAAGUCAAACUUUUGAAAAGUUUCAAGCUGAAUUUUAUUUUCGUGUCUGUUACAUAGGAUAUUUAUCCGAAAUCAAGAAUAGUGAAGAACGACUGUGAAUUUCGAAUGUUAUAAUGUUCUUCGUGAAACUUGUGAAGAUGAAAUAAAAAGAAAUGGUGAAUGUUCAA